CACCGGAGCUGACAGCCCUGUGGGACAUGGAUAGUGCUGACUACGAGUGUGACUGCCCAGGGCCGCCUCCAGAGUUCAGGUUACCACCUCCACCACGACCGCCUUUCCUCGAGGAGUCUUCCGGGGCGGCCUGUUCUGAGACACCGAUCGUGGACCUCGAGACUUGUGAAGCUGUGCCUGUGAUAGAUGCGGAGUACCAUAGUAGCCCCGCUAUACCCUCGAUAGCCGUCAUCGCCGUGUGCUCGGUGCUGCUACUUGCCAUGGUACUCAUUGCUUCAGUCCUAGUCUGGAAACAUAAGAGAAAAGUGCAAAACUUCCUACCGUGCAAAACAUCGCCACAGAAUCGCUGCGACGUCUCUAACGGAAAUGGCGUCAUAUAUGAGGACCUCACCAACAUCCGGCCGAGGACACUUCCUAACAACCGUGCCCCGGGACAGACAGCGCCUUCAAUUGAAAUGAUUGACGUCAAAUCUGGGGCUAACUACAACAGCGGCUUCCCCGUGCUUGGUAACGCCACCGUGUUCAUCUGUCCACCUCCUCGUCCCGACCCUUACUCGUCACAGGACCUCUACAACCCGGUGUAUGAAGAACUAUCCAACGGGUCGGGAGAUCGAGGCGAGUCUGAACCAGACAGCGAGGGUGCAGUCCCCGCCCCUGCAAGUGAAGACGAGUUCGCGGAAGACGAGCUGAGCCUAGGCGGGGAGUGCGAAGGCAGUUCUCAGCCGCCUUACCCGCAACGCUUCUCCGAAGACAUGGAGAGGAGCGGUCACCUCAACUCCGGCACCAGUUCUCUCCAAGGCUCGACCGGCAACGACCUCUGCCGUGAUCUUGACUCGUCUGACGCUGACGACCGCAGCAGGUUCCUCAUGAACACUACUCUCCCAGGGCUCGGGCUGGGACCGGGAGGCAGGAACUUCAGCCUUCCUCCGGGAUAUCGAAACCGAACUUCUCGCGGGCCGCAGCCUCAUCAGCACCGUGGUCAGCACGGAGCACCCGAACAGCGGCGCCCCAGGAGUCUGGACCGGCGCCGGGGAUGGCGCAAUAAGAGCCAACCGCAACAAAUAUCACCUCAGUCGCCGGCCCGGCACCAAGAUUGCGGCGAGUUUCACGAGGGCAUCUUACUGGAUGCUUUGUUGCAGCUAUACCCCAACGUGAUGACGAGUGGUGGCGGUGGCACACCCAGAUCAGGGCGCAGUGGUAGCAACAUCGCCCCCCACCACCACCCCCUGGCCGUUCCCAGCGUGGCGCACAGGCUACCUUACAUCCUACAACCCCAAGUCCCACCCCCGCCUCAUCGUAAUCACGUGGUCAACCCGUACGAGUCUGUGCCGGUCCUUAAUCAUCUCCACCAGCAUCACCACGGCUCUGGGUACAGUCCACGGCAGCCGCAAGAGCUGUUCUCCACGUUUCGGCGUGGCAAGGCUCAUAGCCAGGACUCUUCUUUCGGCUCCGAUUCGGGCUAUAGCAAUAACACAACAUCCAGAGGACGAAGCUCAAAAGAUGCGCACAGACUUUCUGCGCAUAGCGGAGACCUUGCGCUGUCAUAGUAGUGCGCGUACUCUACAUAGUUCUUUAUAGUAACGCGCAUGUAGAAGACAGCUGUGCCUGUGUAAGGAGCACUCCCGUAGUAUACGCAUGGGUCAGUGUUACGUAUCACAGAAGAUUCUACGUAUUAUUUCUAGGAACAGCAGCACCGACCUUGAAACUCCCGGUAGACAUUGAUAUGUGUGUGAUCUUGUGUGCGUGAAACUGUGGGGUUUUAGAUCCGUAGAGGCAUCCACCUGUCCUGAUAUAGUCAAAAUAUGUGCAAUGACAUCACACGCACAGUAUGUUCACAAAAAACUAUGUUGCCUUUCAUCUUUUGUAUGGCAUCUGUCUUUGUUGUUGUUUUACGCCAUUUUAGUUGAAAUAGUUGUGAAUCUGAAAGAGACGAGAAUUAUCUCUUUAUCUUAAGACAGUUAUUCCAAUAUAUAGUCCAUUUCUAAAUAAUUCUUCCAUAAUUUAAGAAUGAUAAUUUAAAGGGACAGGUUGGUAACCCUGAUUUGUCGAAGUGUUUAUAUUGAGACUGAAAUAACAAACAUUUCUGGCUAUACGUAUAUAUCCAUCAGUAGGUAUAUCAGUGACAUUAUUUAUUACUGAGACUUGAUUUUUGAGGUAUGUGUGUCCUUUAGACAAGAAAUUCGAUAAAUAAACUUUAUGUACAUAUUAUUCUCGUACGCUCUUAUACAUAUAUUAUCAUUAAUCAAAUAAUUGUGAUCUCUCGCCCUAUUACCCUGUGUGCAUCAGGAUGGUACCCAUUUGCAAAGUAGAAAAUGCAACUUGAAGAAAUCUUGCAGAAAUAUAACAUAGAAGUUUGAGUAAAAAUAUUAAACCUCUAACAUGUCCGAUGUUUAAAACCAAAUACAAGCAGGGUUUAUUCUCAGUAGUGAUUUUUCUAUAGAAGUUGAAACGAAAACUUCUCGCUUUUCAAUCCUGUGAUCUGUGGCUUGAUUCCAGUACAUUUCUAUGACUUAAAGAAAAACAUAAUAAUAAUAAAAAUAAUAAUAAUACCAACAAUAAUAUUGUGAAACGAUAAUAUACAUCUCUCAGAACUUAGCAAUACACCCCUUACCUAUUAAGUAGGCAGUUCUGUUGGCAUAUAUUAUAUAAGUCUAUAAGAAAAUUCAUAGAGAGUAAUAGGUUUUGUGAAUUGGUAGACCCUAUUACAUAAUUACAUUUGUUUAAUUUAACAGUAUGUUCACCAUUGAUGAAAUUAAAUGGAUUUUAACUCACA